AUAACAGUCGACAUGCUUUUGAUUUUUUGUUUCAAAUCUUUUUCAAACUUGCUUUUUUCCAAAUUCUGAUGAUGGAAUUUCCCUUGUUACUAUCAGUAAUUUAAAAAAAUAGACAAUAAAAUAAAAAAAGUAGUAAACGACUGCCAGACAUUGAAUACAAAAAAAUCCAUGGAAAUACCAAAAAAGUUUAGAAAAUAUCGGUAUUGAAUCGGUUUAAAUAUUCAGCACCUCAAAUAUUCCCUGGAAUGCCAUUAAAUAUAAUCUCAUCAACAACAAUAAUUUAUCUCCCAUGACGACAAUAAUGCCACGAGACAAAAGUCGUAUCGCACAUCUCCAUCGAGCUACAAUCUCGUUCAAAUGACGUUGACGUACGGCGAGCCAACAGUGGUCUCCUGCGAAUAUCCAUAAUUUAUAUAUUCCCAAGUCGUUCCCGAUUGAUAAUGUAAAUAUAGUGCCUCCAGCUCCCCCAGUCCAACUGGUCAAUUAAUAACUCAACAUUUGGGUGAAUUAAUUAUCGAACUGCUGGAAGAGUGACGAUUUUCGUGGGGAAAAUAUGUGACGAGCCUUUUGAGGUUAUAUUUACAAUCAGAAUCGAGUGAUCUCCAGGUAAUAUCGAUCCCGGGGGACUGGUACUCGCUGGGCAACAAAGAUCGCAGGAGAAUCAUGGUGCAAUGGAAAAACUGUAGAAUCCGAAACAUGUGAUGUUAUUCGAGAUAAAUAAUAAGUUAUAAAAUUGAUAAAUUAAAUAUGCCAAGAUCGGAUAUCAAGUAUGAAAUUGCGAGGAAUGAUCCGGAUACCACGGAGUAUUAUCUCCAGCAUGCGGAGGACUACCAACCGACCACCAAAGGCGGAAAAACAUUUGGACGAACAGUUGUUGUUUCCCUGGUUUUAAUUGGAUUUUAUUUUGUUCUAUCAGUAGGACUCACAUUUUUUCAGCAGUGGUUUAAUCACAAAUACCACUAUCCUCUCUCCACUGUAUUAUGCCACCUGAUCGUCAAGUGGUCUCUCUCGGCUGUCAUCAAGAAUUUCCUGAGAUGCAUGAACUCCAGGAGCCAUCAACAAAUGCGCCCGACGUGGCCCAGCAUCAUUUCCACCAUUGCUCCACCUGGCAUCGCCAGUGGACUGGACAUUGGCUUCUCCAAUUGGGCCAUCUCCAUGAUCACCGUGUCAUUGUACACGAUGACUAAAUCUACAGCGAUUAUCUUCAUCCUUGGAUUCUCUCUACUUUUUCAUCUGGAGAGAAAGUCAUGGUCACUCGUUGGAGUUGUGAGCAUGAUAUCCACAGGAUUAAUAAUGUUCACGUACAAAUCCACCCAAUUUCAACUACUUGGCUUUCUGCUGUGUCUGGCGGCCUCCUUCCUGAGUGGAAUUCGCUGGACGAUGGCCCAGUUGAUAAUGCAGAAGUCCAAACUUGGCCUCAACAACCCCAUCGAUAUGAUUUACUACAUGCAACCUUGGAUGUUGAUUGCCAUAAUUCCACUCGUCGUGUGGUUCGAGAGUGGCAAACUGUAUGCAGAACUGCAUUCUAUUGACUGGAGCCAGUCAGGCCUCGUUAGCUGGACAGUAGGGGCUGUCUUGGGUGGUGCCAUACUAGCAUUUAUUAUGGAAAUUGCAGAGUAUAUGGUUGUUACACAUACAUCUAGUCUUACUCUCUCGAUCUCCAAUAUUGUUAAGGAAUUGUGUACCGUCGUAUUAGCUGUUGAAUUUAAAGGCGAUGAGAUGAGUGGCCUGAAUGCAAUAGGUCUAUUGGUGUGUCUCGGCGGCAUAACCCUUCACGUGAUACAAAAAAUUCUACUUCAUAAGAAACAAAUGUCUGACAAUCUCGAGUUACAUUCCAAUUCAGUCACAAGCAAUACCUCAACAUUCGAUGAUACGGGUGGAACAAAUGUGCCAUUGCUGAAUGAAAAAUCAACAUCUCUGACGAAUCUGCUGAGUUCUAAUUUCAGUACAGACGAUGAGGAUGAUUUCAAGGACAAGGACAAUAACAGUGAUGUACUUUUUGAUAUAUUGCAACGAAGAGAACAGUCAUAGGAGUUUGCUUUAUCAUUCCACUAACGGAUAUUUAUUUUGUUAUUGUUUGAGUAAUUUGUAUACGUAUGUAGUUGCUUUUUGUCAAUUGCUCGUACCACUGUAUCCAUUUAAUAAUUAUGUAUAAAAGCCUUCCAUUGCUCGAAUAAGAAUCAAGAGCAUUUAUUUUCUAUUUUGUAAUUUAUCAUUGAAUUACGCACAAAUGUUCAUGUUUUUUCGAAAUAGUCAUCGAAGAAAUUUUUGUCAUUUUUUUUUCUUCUGUAACCACCGAUGAUCGUUCGAUCACUCGUCCAUAAUUUUUAUCUAAUUCAUUGGUCAAUGCAUUCAAAGUAUGUAUGUAAAAUGUGUAAUUAAAUAAACGAAUUACGUCUCUUAUA